AUGGCGGAUCACGUCGGUGGUGUGCACCGGUUGUUUAGCCGUGCCGAUGACCCCGGUAGUGCAUCGAAUUCACUGUCUGGCUUCCUGUCGUCGCUGGUCGUCAACAUUGUGAUCUUUGCGGUGAUGGUCAUCUUCUUUAUUAUUCUGCGCAAGAGCCAGCGUCGCCAAUAUAUGCCCCGUACCUACAUUGGCUACCUGAAGCCAUGGCAGCGAUCCCCGGAAUCCCCCACUGGCCUGUGGAGCUGGAUUACGGCCAUGUACCAGCUGCCCGAUACCUACGUGCUCCAGCAUCACUCGAUGGAUGCUUAUCUCCUGCUGCGAUUCCUGAAGCUGUCCGCAAUCAUCAUGUUUGUGGGUUGCUGCAUCACCUGGCCCAUCCUGUUCCCUGUCAAUGCCACUGGCGGUGGUGGUCAGCAGCAAUUGGAUAUUCUGAGCUUCUCCAAUGUUGCUCCCGACGGCUACGGUCGCUUCUUCGCCCAUGCCUUCCUUGCUUGGAUCUUCGUUGGUUUCAUCUUCUAUUUGAUCACCCGUGAGCAUAUCUUCUAUAUCAACCUUCGCCAGGCCUACUACCUGUCGCCUGCCUACGCCAACCGCAUUUCCUCGCGUACGGUUCUCUUCAGCGCCGUGACCGAUGACUACUUGCACAAGGAAAAGAUUCGUGCCAUGUUUGGUGCUGAGAAGGUCAAGAAUGUCUGGAUUGCCACUGAUACCAAGGAACUUGAGGAGAAGGUCAAGGAGCGCGACGAUGCUGCCAUGAAGCUCGAGGCCGCGGAGACCAAGCUUAUUGUCAUGGCCAACAAGGCCCGCAACAAGGCGCUCAAGAAGAAGGGCUCCGAGGAAGAGGGUGCGGAGAGCUCUGCCAUCGGCGAGUUCGAUGACGAGUCUGGUUCCGUUGCUGCUCGCUGGGUGCAGGCCAAGGACCGCCCUACUCACCGUCUCAAGAUGUUGAUUGGCAAGAAGGUCGACACCAUCAACUGGGCUCGUUCUGAGAUCGAGCGUCUGACCCCCGAGAUCGAGGAGUUGCAGGCUAAGCACCGUGUCGGUGACGCCAAGCGUGUCUCGUCUGUCUUUGUUGAGUUCUACCAGCAGAGCGACGCUCAGUCUGCCUACCAGUCCGUUGCGCACAACCUGCCCCUGCACAUGGCGCCCCGCUACAUUGGCCUGGACCCCACCCAGGUCAUCUGGUCCAACCUCCGUAUCAAGUGGUGGGAGCGCAUUGUCCGUCACACUGUCACUGUCGCCUUCAUUGUCGUUCUGAUCAUCUUCUGGGCCAUCCCAACUGCCGUCGUCGGUGCUAUCUCCAACAUCAACUUCCUGACUGACAAGGUUCCCUUCCUGAAAUUCAUCCUGAACUGCCCUCCGGUAAUUCUUGGUGUCAUCACCGGUAUUCUGCCCUCCGUCCUCAUGGCUGUCCUCAUGGCGCUGGUGCCCAUCAUCAUGCGUCUCUGUGCCAAGUGGGGAGGUGCACCCAGCGCCGCUUCCGUCGAGUUGAUCACUCAGAACUUCUUCUUUGCCUUCCAAGUUAUCCAGGUGUUCCUGGUCGUGACUUUGGCUUCGGCCGCCACCAGUGUAGUGACUUCCAUUAUCGAGGACCCGACUAGCGCCGCCAGCCUGCUCGCCAACAAGAUCCCUCGCGCUUCAAACUUCUACAUCUCGUACAUUAUCCUGCAGGGUCUGUCCUUCAGUGCUGGUGCUCUUCUUCAGAUCGCCGGUCUGAUUGUCGGCAAGCUUCUGGGCAAGUUCCUCGACAACACACCUCGCAAGCUGUACAAUCGCUGGUCCAGCCUGGCUGGCCUCGGAUGGGGCACUGUUUACCCUGUUCUCAGUCUGCUGCUUGUCAUUGGUAUCAUCUACUCUUGCAUUGCCCCUCUUGUCAUGGGUUUCGCUACCAUUGGUCUGUACCUGUUCUACUUCGCCUACCGGUACAACCUGCUGUACGUGUCCAAUGCCGACAUUGACACUCAGGGUCGCGCCUACACCCGUGCUCUCCAACACAUCACUGUUGGCUGCUACCUGCUGAUCGUCUGCCUAAUCGGUCUGUUCGCCAUGGCCUCCGGUGACAACCAGAUCGCUGUUGGCCCGCUGAUCCUGAUGGUCAUCUUCCUGGUCUUCAUCGUGCUGUACCACGUCUCAAUGAACGCCGCCAUGGAGCCGCUUCUCAACUACCUGCCCAAGAACAUGGAGCACGAGGAGGAAGCCCUCCUGGCCCUGGAGCGCACCAAGCUCAGCCAUGACACGGACGGCGCCAACAACGGUGCUUCGGCCGCGAACAACGGCGUCAGCAACGUCGAUAGCGGUGUUGGUGCCGUUGACUCCGCCGACGCGGAGAAGGGUCUUCCCCACACUUCGCUGCCGCCCGCGCACUCGAAGCCGAACUUCUUCACCAAGUUCAUGCGCCCGGACAUCUACGCCGACUACGCCACUCUGCGCCGUCUGGUCCCCAACCCGCUUGAUGCUCCCCCUUACCCGGAGGAGGCCGAGCGCAACGCUUACUUCAAUCCGGCCAUCAACGCGACGGCUCCUCUCCUCUGGAUCCCCCGCGACCCUCUCGGCAUUAGUCGACAGGAGGUUGCCCACUCCUCGCGCGUCAUUCCCAUCACCGAUGAGGACGCGUUCCUGGACGAGAAAGCCAAGAUCUCCUGGGACGAGGACAAGGGCCAACCCCCUAUCUACGAGGAGAAGAUAGCCUGGUAA